AUGCGCGUUCUACUCCUCCUAACCAUCGUGCUUAUCACCUUCAUCUCCACCAUUCACACCGCCGCAAUGCCUUAUCCAAAUGCGGCGUAUUCGGAACUGAAUGCAAAGGCGAAGGCGUCGAUUCGAAAGUUGGCCGAUAUUCUUGACAUGGAAAUGAUGACGAGACGCUUAGCCUCACCUGACAACGCCUAUUAUCAUGUUUAUCCACAGAGAGUGAGUUUCGAUGACUACUGA